AUGUCGGCCCCGCUGAAGAAGGGCCCCGGCGGGCUGAUCGGCCUCAUGAAGGAUGCCUUCCAGCCCCACCACCACCACCUCGGCCCCCACCAGCCCGGCGCCGUCGACAAGAAGAUGGUCGACAAGUGCUUCAAGCUCAUGGACAAGGUUGUACGUUUGUGUCAGAGCCCCAAACUGGCACUGAAGAAUAGCCCACCCUAUAUUCUCGACCUGAUCCCUGACACAUAUCAACAUCUGCGAAGCAUCAUGUCACGCUAUGAGGGGAAGAUGGAGACUUUAGGAGAGAAUGAAUACUUCAGGGUGUUCAUGGAAAACUUGAUGAAAAAGACGAAGCAGACCAUCAGCCUCUUCAAAGAAGGGAAAGAGAGAAUGUAUGAAGAGAAUUCCCAGCCUAGGCGCAACCUUACAAAACUAUCCCUGAUCUUCAGCCACAUGCUAGCAGAACUGAAAGGCAUUUUCCCAAGUGGACUCUUCCAGGGAGACACAUUCCGGAUCACAAAGGCUGAUGCGGCGGAGUUCUGGAGAAAAGCUUUUGGGGAAAAGACCAUUGUCCCCUGGAAGAUGUUCCGUCAGGCCCUACAUGAAGUGCAUCCUAUAAGUUCGGGCCUAGAGGCGAUGGCGUUGAAAUCAACAAUUGACUUGACGUGUAACGAUUACAUUUCUGUGUUUGAAUUUGAUAUCUUUACACGACUGUUCCAGCCCUGGUCCUCUUUGCUCAGGAACUGGAACAGCCUGGCAGUGACUCACCCGGGUUACAUGGCAUUCUUGACGUACGAUGAGGUCAAAGCGCGGCUUCAGAAAUUCAUUCACAAACCUGGCAGUUACAUUUUCCGGCUGAGCUGUACACGAUUGGGUCAGUGGGCAAUCGGUUAUGUCACUGCCGACGGAAACAUUCUUCAGACAAUCCCCCACAACAAACCCCUCUUUCAAGCACUGAUUGACGGCUUCAGGGAAGGCUUCUACUUAUAUCCCGAUGGGCGAAAUCAGAACCCUGACUUGACUGGUCUCUGUGAGCCCACACCUCAGGAUCACAUUAAAGUUACACAGGAACAAUAUGAACUGUACUGUGAGAUGGGCUCCACCUUCCAGCUCUGUAAGAUCUGUGCCGAAAAUGACAAAGAUGUGAAGAUCGAACCCUGUGGCCACCUCAUGUGCACUUCCUGCCUCACGGCGUGGCAGGAAUCAGAGGGCCAGGGCUGUCCCUUCUGCCGAUGUGAAAUUAAAGGCACCGAGCCCAUCGUGGUUGACCCAUUUGAUCCCAGAGGAGGGGGAGGGCUGCUGCGGCAAGGUGCAGAAGGGGCCCCCUCCCCAAACUAUGAUGACGACGAUGACGACAGAGCUGACGAAUCUCUGUUCAUGAUGAAAGAACUAGUUGGUGCCAAGGUGGAGCGUCCUCCUUCUCCGUUUUCAAUAGCUCCGCAGGCGUCACUCCCCCCGGUACCCCCACGAUUAGAUCUUCUGCAGCAGCGAGUAUCUAACCCACCUGGAGCUUCGAGUCCAGGGACCACUUCUAAGGUCAUGCCUGGUUCCCUUCACAAAGACAAACCUUUGCCGAUCCCCCCGACGCAUCGAGAUCUCCCGCCGCCGCCACCUCCGGACAGGCCACAUUCCAUCGCGGCGGCAGACACGCGGCCCCAGAGGCGGCCCCUGCCCUGCACGCCAGGAGACUGCCUUUCCCGGGACAAGUUACCCCUCAUGCCUUCUACCCGCCAAGGGGAGCUGUGGCCGUUGCGGCCGAUCCCCAAAGCCCCAGGGAUAGCGCUAAGUCCCAGCGAGCCUUGGGCAACCAGGGAGCUGACCAACCGCCACUCACUCCCGUUCUCGCUGCCUUCUCAGAUGGAUGCCAGAGUGGAUGCUCAUAGACACGGGAGCACCCUCAGCCUAGACACCACCGUGGCUCAACCCAGUGGGCUGCCGGCUGGCUCGGACAGUGAGCAUUCUAAAAUAAAGCCCUCCUCUUCUGCCAAUGCCAUCUAUUCCCUUGCUGUAAGGCCGUUGGCUGUGUCAAAGCUGCCCCCCGGAGAGCACACGGAGAACGAUGAAGACACCGAAUACAUGUCGCCGUCCUCCCUGCCCCUUGUGCCGCCUGGCUGCGCCGUACCAAAGCAGGAGGCCAAAUUGCCUUUGGAGGUGGCUCCGAGUUCACGAGUGUUGGAGUGUGACCAGGAACUGGAUGGGUGUACCUAUGAAGCCAUGUUCAACAUACACUCCCAGGCAGUGCCUUCUGGCUCUGAGACUGCCAGCGUUCCUGAGGGGGGAGACCCAGCAGGCGCCAACGCAAGCAACGGCCCCGAGGAGUCGGAGAACGAAGAAGACGGCUAUGACGUGCCCAGGCCGCCCAUCCCCUUGACUCUGGCGCGUCGUACACUGUCUGAUAUUUCCAACGCAGCCUCCGCCUUCAAUCGCGUGUCUCUGGAUGCAGAGGUUCUGGCAGGUUUCUCAGAGAGCUCCCAGGUGCCAGAGAGGCCGCCGAAGCCCUUGCCGCGGAGGAUAAACUCCGAGCGGAAAGCAGGCAGCUGCCUGCAGGGGGCCGUGGCGGGGCCCGUUGCUGCAGCCCCCCCUCAGCUUUCCGGCGAGAUUGAGAACCUCAUGAGCCAAGGCUACUCCUAUCAGGACAUCCAGAAAGCGCUGCUCAUCGCCCAUAACAAUAUUGACAUGGCCAAAAAUAUCCUCCGGGAAUUCGUCUCCAUUUCCUCCCCUGCCCACGUGGCCACAUAGCACACCCCCAGCCCCACCUGGGACACUCCUGUGCAUCGACCCACCUGGGUGGUCUCUGCCCAGCUUAUAACUAGAGGAGGUAACGGCUCCUUGAGGGACUUCCUGCGAAGUCCUGCCUGCCUCUACAGGGAAUCGGUCGUCAGGGUUUUAUCCGAUUCCAGGUUUCAAAGCAAGCGGAAUGCAAGGGAGCAGAUAGGUAUGUCUUCUACAGUCUGUGUGUCUUUUGGAGUUGUUGUCCU